GCCGCAGGUCGGCCCUGGCGACACAACCACCGACGCUCGCGCCGGCCCCGCCUUCUUGCUGCGUUGGCCUCCAUCAACUCGUCCAGACCUGGCUCGCAUCUUGGAUCCGCGCAGUUCCGCCGAGAGAGACGCACAGAUGAUUGACAAGAAAACUCAGAAAUACGACCGCCAGCUCAGACUCUGGCAGGCACAUGGGCAAGCUUGCCUCGAGGACGCAAGAGUCUGUCUCCUGAAUGCCUCGGUGGCUGGGUCGGAAACCCUCAAGAAUCUGAUUUUGCCAGGGAUCGGAAGCUUUACCAUUGUCGACAGCAAACUGAUUACCGGCCGCGAUGUCGGCAAGAACUUCUUCUUGACGCACGACUCGAUCGGCAAGUCCAAGUCCCAGGUGAUGGCCGAGUAUCUCAAGGAGCUGAACGACGAGGUCGUUGGAAACUUUGUCGAUCAGGACCCCGUCUCGCUGAUCGACCGAGAUCCCUCGUUCUUCAGACAGUUCUCGAUCGUCAUCGCCACGGCCCUUCCCGAGGCAUCGAUAAAGAAGCUCGCCAGCAUUUGCUGGGACGCCCGGAUCGCCCUGGUGGUGCUUCGCACAUGCGGCUUCUUUGCGCAUCUGAGAAUCGCCGUUCCCGAGCAUACAGUGGUCGAGUCGCAUCCCGAGUCCGUCAUGGAUCUGCGCUUGGACCAGCCUUUCCCGGCCCUGAUCCAGUUCUCGGCGCAGUUCAACAUGGACCAGAUGGACUCGCACCAAAAGUCCCAUGUGCCCUAUGUCGUCAUCCUUUUGCAGCUCCUGGACGAGUGGAAGCGCCAUCACAACGGAGAACUGCCAUCGAAUGCAGCUGAGCGACAAAAGUUCAAGGAACUCAUUCGCAAGAAGCAGGGCGAUCUACUGGAUCCCGAGAACUUUGAUGAAGCCACCCAGGCCGUCCUGCGCGCCUGCACCAAGACCAAGAUCCCUUCCAACAUCCUGGAUAUCCUGAAUGACCCCGAGGCUUCCGAUAUCUGCACACAGUCGUCAUUCUUCUGGAUUACUGCUCGUGCCGUCCGAGACUUUGUCAACAACGAAGGAAACGGCAGCCUUCCCCUCACCGGCAAGAUUCCUGACAUGAAGGCCGACACAGAGUCGUUUGUGGCUCUGCAGACCCUGUAUCGCAAUCAAGCCCAAGCCGACGUGGCACAUAUCUCCCAGCGGGUCGAAGCCCUGCUUCAGUCGCUUCCGGUCAAGACCACGGGACACGUUCACUCAGCGUCCAAUCCCGUCCAAAUCUCGAACGAAGAGAUUGCCCGAUUUUGCAAGAACUGCCAGUCGCUUGCCGUGAUCCGCUAUCGCUCGCUCCAUGACGAGUUUGAAAGUGCCAAGACCGCCGAGAUUCAGACCCAUCUGAACGACCUUGACAACAACCUUGUCUACUACAUCCUCUUCCGGGCCUCGGAAUUGUUUUUCGAGACCUUCAAGCGAUAUCCAGGCGAGCACCACGAGGACGUCGAGACUGACAUUGGUAGCUUGAAGAAAUGCGUCGUCUCCCUGCUCACCAAGCUUGAGAUUCCCGUGGACAGCAUCAGCGACGAUCACGUUCACGAGAUGGUCCGUGCCGGCGGCUCGGAACUGCACAACAUUGGAGCGGUCAUGGGCGGCAUCGCCUCGCAAGAGAUCAUCAAGCUGGUCACACACCAGUACAUUCCCGUGAACAACACCCUGAUCUACAACGGCAUCAAGGGCACCAUCUCGGUGUACACCCUGUAAACCCAACCAGCCUGGUCAUUCUGGGCCGAGGGCGAGUUGGCUAUGUGGCCGUGAUUGUGCUCCGCCCCUGAUCCUCCACCUCCCCCCUCGCCAUGUCUCAUACGCCUGGCGGCAGUCGGCGGCGGCAAUACACAGAUCUUGUGAAUGGAGGAUAGUCCGCCCCCAAAGUACAA